AUGCCUCACCCCGUCUCGCCGCCGACCAUGGUGUCCCAAGACGCCCCUCCCCCGCCAUCCCACGAGGACGUGUCGGCCCUUAUCAAGACCAUCUUCACGGCCCAGACGUCGGCUGCCUCGGUCGACGCCAGCUAUGGCCUCUGCAGCCUGCUGCUCAACUCGGUCGGCUUCGUCGGUCUGCAGCAGCACGGCGUCCUGGCCGAGAUCAAAAAGGCCGCCUCGGACAAGAAGAACGGCCUCCGCCGGGAGAGCGCCCAGAACCUCCUCGGCGCCAUCUUGGAGCGCUUCCCCCCGAAGCAACCCAUCAGCGAGGUCGUCUUUCUGUGCCAGGAGGACGGCCUGCUGGCCUGUGCCCUCGACGCACUCGCCGACAAGGGCGCCGUCGUCCGCGAGGCUGCCCAGUAUGGCCUUGAUGCCCUCUUUGCCAACCUAAGCCCCGAGGCUCUCGUCACUGGUCUGCUGCCCGUCCUCUGCCAGUACCUCGCCAAGAGGACGGGCAAGUGGCAGGGCACCGUCGGCGCCUACAAGAUGCUGCAGAAGAUGGCCGACAAGGCGCAAAUGUCCAUGGGCACCACCAAGGAGGAGGCUGCCGACAAGGACGUGCUGCGCGAGGUCAUGGGCGCCAAGCUGGCUGGCUUGAUUCCCCUUGUCGAGGGCGGCAUGCACGAUCUCAAGGCCGAGGUGGAGAAGCAGGCCGUUCAGACCAUGAACUCGCUCACGACACUGCUCUCCAACGACGACGUCGCCCCCAGGAUACCUCUCCUCGUCGACACCAUGCAGCACCCCUCGACCCAGACCCUGCAAAAGGCCAUCCACGCCCUGUCUCAGACCACCUUUGUCGCCAUCGUCACCUCGCCCGUCCUGGCUCUGCUGACGCCCUUUCUCGAGAGGUCCCUCAACUCGCCCAACACCGCCCAGGAGGUCCUGCGCCAGACCGUCGUCAUCGUCGAGAACCUGACCAAGCUCGUCCACGACCCCAUCGAGGCCAGGACCUUCUUGCCCAAGCUCACCCCGGGUGUCAAGGGCGUCUGUGAUCGCGCCUCUCUCCCUGAGGUGCGCGAGCUGGCCAACCGAGCCCUGGCCACCAUGGAAAAGGCCAUGGGCAACGAUCAGGACAUCGUCGCGCGCACUACUCCUGAUGAUGUGGCCAAGGUUCUCGACGAGCACAUCAAGAAGAACAAUGGGCUCACGGGCGGCCUGGACAUUUACAAGCUAGCGCGUCCCUAUAUCUGCGACAUGGUGGCGACCGAUGUCAACUAUCGCUUCGUCACCCGCGUCUCGGACCGCAUCGCCCCGUAUCUGCAGCCCCUGAUGUGCGAGGCUGGAGCCCACCAAAAGGUCGGCGAUGCGGUGCAGCGCUACUACGUCGACGAGGACCACCGCCGAUACGGCGUCCCCGAAAAGGAGGACGACGGCGAGGUGGAGAUUGUCGACGCCGACUUUUCUCUGGCCUACGGAGGGAUGUUGCUACUCUCGCACACGAAUCUGCGCCUUCUCAAGGGCCACCGCUACGGCCUGUGCGGACGCAACGGCGCUGGAAAGUCUACGUUGAUGAGGAGCAUCGCCAACGGCAAGCUCGAGGGCUUCCCUUCCCAAGACGUCCUCCGCACCUGUUACGUGGAGCAUAACCAGGGCGAGGACGCCGACAUCAGCAUCCUUGAGUUCGUCUCCAAGGACCCCACCAUCGCCCCCCAGGGUACCAAGCGCAUUUCCGAAGUCUUGACCGAGUUUGGUUUCACGCCCGGGCCCGAGGGCCGCCAGGCUCAAAAAGUCGGGUCCCUCUCGGGCGGGUGGAAGAUGAAGCUCGCUCUGGCGCGUGCCAUGCUGCAAAAGGCCGACGUUCUCCUGCUGGACGAACCGACGAACCAUCUUGACGUGACCAACAUUGCGUGGCUCGAAAAUUACCUCAAGACGCACACCGAAAUCACCAGCCUCAUCGUCUCUCACGACUCUGGUUUCCUGGACAACGUGACGACUGACAUUUACCACUACGAGCCCAACAAGAAGCUGGCGUGCUACAAGGGCAACUUGGCGAGCUUUGUCAAGAUCCGGCCGGAAGCCAAGAGCUACUACACCCUCUCGGCGUCCAACGUGCAGUUCAAGUUCCCUCCUCCCGGUAUCCUGACGGGCGUCAAGUCGCAGACGCGAGCCAUCAUCCGCAUGACCAACGUCUCGUACACGUACCCCAAGGCGCCGAAGCCGUCGCUGUCAGACGUCUCCUGCCAGCUCACCCUGUCGUCUCGAGUUGCCAUCAUUGGACCAAACGGAGCGGGCAAAUCGACGCUCAUCAAGAUUCUCACUGGCGAGGUCAUCCCCUCCAUAGGCAAGGUGGAGAAGCACCCCAACCUGCGCAUCGGCUACAUCAAGCAGCACGCGCUCGAGCACGUCGAGAUGCACCUGGAGAAGACGCCGAAUCAGUACCUCCAAUGGCGUUAUGCUCACGGCGACGAUCGCGAGGUCCACAUGAAGCAGACUCGCGUCUUGUCUGACAAGGACCGGGAGCAGAUGGACAAGUGGGUCGACCUGAAGGAUGGCAAGUCGGCGAAGCAAAUCGAGGCCCUCGUCGGUCGCCAAAAGUACAAGAAGACGUUCCAAUACGAAGUGAAAUGGCGCAAUCUCCUUCCCAAGCACAACACCAAGAUUUCGCGCGAGACGCUCAUCGAGCUCGGAUUCGACAAGCUCGUGCAGGAGUUUGACGACCACGAAGCUUCGCGAGAAGGUCUGGGCUACCGCGAGCUCCAGCCGUCUGUCAUCUCGAAGCACUUUGACGACCUCGGGCUCGACCCGGAGAUCGCCAACCACAACGAGAUUGGGUCGCUGUCGGGCGGGCAAAAGGUCAAGGUGGUGAUUGCCGGCGCCAUGUGGAAUAACCCGCACUUGCUGGUGCUCGACGAGCCGACCAACUUUUUGGACCGCGACUCGCUCGGCGGGCUAGCCGUGGCCAUCCGCGACUUCAAGGGCGGCGUCAUCCUCAUCUCGCACAACGAGGAGUUUGUCGGGGCGCUCUGCUCGGAGCAGUGGCACGUGGACGAUGGGCGCGUGGCACUGCGCGGCACCGCGGCCAUCAGCAGCGACCGGUUCGAGGACAGCAGCCGGCCGGCCAGCGCCGUGGCCAGCACGGCGGCCAGCUCUGUCGUCAGCUCCGCCGUCAACUCGGGCAUCGAGGACAACAGCGAGAUGAAGUUCAAGGCGCGCAAGAAGAAGAAGAUGACCAAGAAGGAGGUCAAGGAGCGCGAGGUCAGGCGUCGUCUCAGGCACAUUGAGUGGCUCAACAGCCCCAAGGGCACGCCGCACCCUCCCGACACGGACGACGAGGAUAACUAA